UGAAGUAUUUUCAAUCUAUUUUUACUUACGUUUGUCAAAAAGUUUAUGUUCCUAGCUAUCAUUCAAGAAUUAUCUUGUUACUCUAAAAGAGAUUAAAUCCUCAAACUUGUUCAUUCAUAAUGGGAACGAAAACAAGCUAAUUAGUUGGACAAAAAUUAGUUUCAGUGACAGACAAGUUAUUGGAUGUGUGUUUUUGUUCACCAAACAUCAGUUCUUUAGACGUUAAAAGUGAUAUCUUUACCAAAGUGUUGCAAAUAUAUUUCUUUGUUUUGCGGUGAGAUAUUUUAUAUGUAUAAUAUCCUGUAGAAUAAUAGAUAGAGUGUGAUGGCCGGCAGGGAUGUCGGUGAAGAAGUAGUGAAACAGGGAUUUAUGGUGAAGCGGUCCCAGAACAAGAAACGUUUCACACCCAUCAACUAUAAACAACGCUUUUUCGUCCUCACGCGAAAAUCCCUCAUCUAUUAUGACACAAAUACUGAGCGUAAGAAGGAGCGCGGCCGCAUAACUUUGGCCCAGGUGCUGGUUAUCGAGGAGGCAGACUUGGGGGGUACGGGCGGUUCGGGGGGCUCAGGUGCGGCUGUAGGCGGGGGCGUGAGUCAGCUACUGCUGCUGGAGCAAAGUGGGGGUGUGCAGGAGAGCUUGGCGGGCGGAGCGCCCCUGCAGGUUGGCUAUACCGACGCAACCGGCCAGGAGUACACGCUCUAUCUGAUCGCCGCCAAUCCACCGGAACGCGAUCUGUGGAUUGAUGCACUCAGGAUUGUGUGCGCGGAGAAUGUGACCGGGCGCACAUUAGACUGGUUCCACCUGGGCGUGUGGAACAGCAAGCGUUGGCCGUGUUGUCGCUACACAUUCCGCUCGGCCCCCGGCUGUCAGCGGACCACGCUCUGGUCUGACGGAUCUCAGUCUUCCCAAACCAACCCCAACCCCAACACAACCCUCGUCACGCCCAUCGAUAUCUCGCCUUCCAAAUUAGGAGCAGCUUCUUCUUCAGUCAUGCCGGGUGGUACUCCAAAAUCUAAGGACCCGGGAGUCAGGAGCAAAGUAGUGGUUGCUCUGUAUCCUUUCAAAGCCAUAGAAGGAGGUGAUCUCUCACUCGAAAAGGGUGCUGAAUAUGAGGUGAUCGAUGAUUCACAAGAACACUGGUGGAAGGUGAAAGAUGAUCAUGGAUCUAUUGGAUACAUUCCUAGUAACUAUGUCAAAGAAAAAGAACUACUUGGACUACAAAAAUAUGAAUGGUACGUGGGUGAUAUGUCUAGACAAAGAGCGGAAUCGCUUCUGAAGCAGGAGGAGAAGGAAGGAUGUUUUGUUGUUCGUAAUUCCUCUACCAAAGGCCUCUACACUCUCUCACUCUACACCAAAGUGCCACACCCUCACGUGAAGCACUACCACAUCAAGCAGAACUCACGGGGUGACUUCUUCCUGUCGGAGAAGCACUGCUGCGUGAGCAUCCCUGACCUGGUCAACUACCAUAGGCACAACAGCGGCGGUCUCGCCUCCCGGCUCAAGACGUCGCCCUGCGACAGGCCGGUGCCGGCCACUGCUGGCCUCAGUCACGACAAAUGGGAGAUAGACCCGGCCGAGCUGAUGCUGUUGGAGGAGCUGGGUUCGGGUCAGUUUGGCGUGGUGCGGCGCGGCAAGUGGAGGGGAUCCAUCGACACGGCCGUCAAGAUGAUGAAGGAGGGAACCAUGUCCGAGGACGACUUCAUCGAGGAGGCCAAAGUCAUGACUAAGCUGCAGCACCAGAAUCUAGUCCAGUUGUAUGGUGUGUGCAGUAAGCACCGGCCCAUCUACAUAGUGACCGAAUACAUGAAGCAUGGCUCCCUACUCAACUAUCUGCGUCGUCACGAGGCCACGCUUGACGCUAACGUCGGGCUCCUACUAGACAUGUGUAUACAGGUCUGCAAGGGGAUGGCCUACCUUGAAAGGCAGAACUAUAUCCAUAGAGAUUUGGCCGCUAGAAACUGCCUUGUUGGUUCAGAGAACGUAGUCAAAGUAGCCGACUUUGGUCUGGCCAGGUAUGUUCUUGACGAUCAAUAUACCAGUUCUGGCGGUACAAAGUUCCCUAUCAAGUGGGCUCCCCCUGAGGUGCUGAAUUACACUCGUUUUUCAUCAAAAUCCGACGUCUGGGCCUAUGGUGUGCUGAUGUGGGAAGUGUUCACCUGUGGCAAGAUGCCAUACGGACGGCUGAAGAACACCGAAGUGGUGGAUAGGGUACAGCGUGGGAUCAUACUCGAACGACCCAAAAAUUGCCCCAAGGAAAUCUACGAUGUAAUGAGGAAGUGCUGGUGUCACAGCCCCGAGGAGCGGCCGUCAUUUCGUCAGUUGAAAGAGCAGUUGUCGGUGGUCUCACAGGGUCUGCUCGCCGACUGACUCUCUCUCCUCAUCUAUGCGCCAUGUCCCCGCUCCUCGCCCUCCUGUCCACUCUGUCGUCUCAUCGCCUACUUCAACUAGGUCAAUCACACUGUUUUCGAACAAUUGGAUAAACGUUGCCGUCGCCGACGAGCAAUCGCUAAGCACCUUUCGAACAAUUGGUGAAAUGUUGCUGUCGGCUUCGAGCAAUCGUUAAGCACCUUUCGUACAAUUGGUAAAAUGUUGCUGUCGGUUUCGAGAAAUCGUUAAGCACCUUUUGAACAGUUAUUGGAAAAAGUUGCAGUCGCCGUCGAGCAAUCGCUAAGCACAUUUCGUACAAUUGGAAAAGCAUUGCAGUCGCCGACGAGCAAUUGCUAAGCACCUUUCGUACAAUUGGAAAAGCAUUGCAGUCGUCAACGAGCAAUUACUAAGCACCUUUCGUACAAUUGGAGGAAUGUUGCCGUAGUCGACGAGCAAUAUUACUAAGCACCUUUCGUACGAUUGGAGAAAUGUUGCCAUCAAUGUUAAACAAUCGCUAACUACCUUCAGCUGAAUCUGAACAAAGAUUUGAACAACAGAUUGCCAUCGGUUAACUGCUAGCACCUUCGAAAUCAAACAUCAACGUUUCUUAAUUUAAACAGUGAUUGAAAUAAGUUAGCACGUUAGCUGAUGAGUUGCAUCUUCACCGACCAAUACAUCAGUCAACUGCUAGCUAGAUCGAUCAAUGAUUGAAUCAACAUAGAAUUCAAUAAAGUUAGGCUUGUUAAAAUAUCAAUAGAAAUCAAUGUAAAUAAAUCACAAUAUUGAUUGACCUGGUUGAAUAAAAUUGAGUUGAGUUACUUGAAUCAAUGUCACCUAUUGGAGAAGCUUGUUCUGUUUCAAUUCUAAAGAAUCAAAAGUCAUUUUAACUGAAGUUGAUGAAGUGAAAUCUUCUACAGAAAACCAUUCAGAAACCAAAUUCAUCUGGAGCUCGUUAGUUUAAAUUGGGUUUGACACACAAAUCAGCUUGAUCAAUGAAAGCAGAAAGUAGCUUGAAAUAAUUUUGAAUUAUUGGAAUCCAGUUUAAACUCGAGUUGAGUGCUAAGAACUGAAUUCAACCUAUGAGAGAGCAGCUUGUAAUGUAUCUGACCAACCAAGAGGCAGCCUUAUAUGAAAAAUAAAGCAGCCUCAUAUAUAGUCAACCAAUUAGAAGGCAACUUCAUCUGAUAUCGAUCAAUCAGAAAGCAGCUACUUCUGAAAUCGUCUUAUCAGAAAGUGAAUUCUUAUUAAGCUAACCAAUCAGAUGGCAACUUCAUCUGCAGCUCUUCAGCUUCAACCAAUCAGAAAGUUGAUUCAUCUUAGAUCAACUAAUCAGGAAGUGAGUUCCUCUGAAGCUAACCAACCAGAUGGCAACUUCAUCUGCAGAUCAUCAGCUUCAACCAAUCAGACAGCAGCUUGGACUGAAGUCAACCAAUCAGAAAACAACUCAAGGUGAAUGUGACCAAUCAGAAGACAGAAGCUAAGUGGCAGUGCCAACCUAAACUUCCUUAAACUUCCUUUCUAUCGCUUCCUCGAACAAGACUGUCGAAAAACAAGACAUUGAAACCACAGACUCAUGUUUUGCUUGCUAUAUUUAAGGUAUUCGGAAAUCUGCGCUGAAUUGCAGAUUAUUGUGUAGGGAAUGGGUAGUUGUAUUCAAACUUAGCAUAAAACGUCGAAAGUUGGGUCAUUUUAGUGGCCUGUAUCUACAAAAUUAUUUAGUGUUGCAUUGAGAGACUAGAUUGAUCGAAAGAUUUUUUAUUCAGCGUUUACGGUGUGUAUCAUUAGUGAUGAUUUUUAAAAUUUGACAAAAAGUGAAAAUUAUAUGUAGAAUUUUGGUAGCUGAGAUAUGUAGAUUGUUCCAUACUGCGUUAGUAUGUUUACAAUAUAGUUACUAAAAGAUGGGCCAAAUAAGUAUUUGCUACAAAAUCUGCUUGGUAGAAAUUGUUAGUUUCUUCAAGUAGGGCUCUGCUAUAAAGAGUUGAGUAGUUUUUGAUGUUAACAAAAAUCAGCUUAAGCUAAAUGUUGUAAGUAAUGUUUACUUUGACAAUACUCUUGUAAGCUGACGCCAUUUAAAUUGCUAAAUUAUGCUUGAAAACUGACUCAUCGCUUUCAAAUAAUGAGAAAGUUGAAUGUAUUUGUAAGUUCUUUUCGUAUUUAAAAAUGACAAUGACUUAUUCUGCUAGGUUCAAAUCAAGUUUUAUAACUAAGAUUCAUAAUCAGUUAUUGAUGGUGUAGGUAGUAUUUUUUACAAAAUUAAUAUUUUGCAAGACACAUUGAAAAAACAUGUCAACAUCAUUGUAUGUAAAUAAUAUUGCUGAAUAGUAAAGCUGGACUUGAAAUUGUAAUUCAAGUGUGCAAAUCUGGUUUUAUUGUAUUGGAUAGUCUAAGCUGUUACGUGGAAUAUGAUUGAAAAUUAAUAAAUAGCAUAGAAAUGAAUUAUUUUCAUAAUAUAAUCGAAAUUCUACUAAAAUAAUGGUUGUACUGUACUUAACCAGAUGGAUUUCUGUAUUCAUUCUCUAUAUAUUUCUGUAUGGUAUAAUAUUGAAAUCAACAGGUAAUGGAUGGAAAUCAACAGGUAAUGGUUUGAAGUAAUGGAACAAGAUAAUAAAGGAUUACAUUCACAAAAAUCACUUGAUCUAAUGUAUUGGAAACUUCUACUGUAUAUUGAAAAUUUGAAAAAUAAAAAAAAGGGGGGAUGCUCUUAGAGUGGUCAUACCACUCGGGACUCUGAAAAUAUUUUUUAAAAAAACAGGAAAAAACCAAGGUGCAAAACAGAAAAUUGAAUAAAAAUUAUUAAAAAAAACAAAGAAAAUAUAAAAAUAUUUGUUGAUGUACAUAUACAUAAUGUAUAUAAAACCCUCAAGUAUGAAAAAAAUGAUAUAAAAGUCUUUUAAAUGAAUUGGGAAAAUGCAUGUUGUAUAUUAUUACCUACACAGUCAUGGUAUUCAAGAUUAAUAACAUUACCUUGAAAAAAGUUAAGAAAUAUGCAUCAACUUAUACCUUUUGUGAAAGGUAGCAUGAUAACAUGCAUGUUGAUUAUCAAGAAAAAUUAAAAAAGUCAAUAGUAAACCUACUGAUUUCAGUAUUAGUCAAAUAAUUAUUGUAAAAAUAAUGUAAUCGUUUAACUUGUUCCAUUUCCCAAAAUAUUAAUACAUUGAUCCAUCAAAUUUAUUAGGAAUUCAUUAUUAAAUUUCUCUCAUUCACUGAAGACCGUCUCAGUAGAACAGGGGAUAAAACAUUUUCGUGCUAUCUAGUUUCUUAUCGUACACGCUUUUCAUUCACUUUCCAAUUUUCAUUCUAAAGUUUUGCAUCCAUAUUUUAUACACCAACACUUGAUCAAUGUGAUAUCAUCAUGAAUUAAGGUCAUUCAAGUCUAAUCUGUAUUUGACUUCAAAAAUACUGCACUACUAUAUACUUGCUUUUUGAACGUGACAAUUAACUUCUUGAUGAUUAUUUCAUUAUUUUGUACGUGCUCCAUCUGAAAAUGCCUGCUUGUUUUCUAUGUAGAAUAGCUUGGUGUAGCUAAUUCACUUUCAAACUUUCCAGAAAUGUUUUUAUAUAUUAUAUUAUGGAAAAAGCAAAAAAAUUAUCUUUAGCUAUUGGUAUUAAAAAGUGGCUUCUACAUGAAUCAAUGUCAUUUUCAAGUUUCUUGCUUUCUAAGCCCACCAUUUUGUAAUUUUCAAUGUUGUUAAUGCAAAAUAUGUUUAAUACUGAAGGAAUAUUAUUUAACUGACGACAAAUGUUUAUCCUUGAUUCUAGUUGGUGAUCUAGCGUAACUAAAUAGGUCACCAGAAUUGAAUAGAGCGAAUAAGAGAAAUAUUAUUAAAGAUUACGUAUUGUUUAUAAAAAGUUUUAUAAGAUUGUAUCUUCAUUAUUAGAGCUUACAAUAGAGCGAAUAAAUUAUUUUAAAAACUAGGUUGUUUUAUUGUUUGAACUGAGAUAGUAGCUCUAAAAACUACAGUAAUAUUGAGAUGAAAAGUAUCAUAUAUGAAGAUAAAAAUCACAUUGAGAUGAAAGUUAGUUUGUCAGUAGAACCAUCAAUAUUAUUUUCAAUGCAAAUAUAUGUAUUAUAUGUCUGAAAAUUUGUUCCAUAUUAUAUUAAUGUUGAUUUGAGGAGGAAUAAUUAUAUUAGUUUUACUACAAUUACGUUAAUGAAUAAGUCGGUCAAAAUUAGCGUAGAUUGUAUUUUGUAUCUCAAUUCGAGAACAAAUAAAUAGGGAAAUUUAUUUAUUACUUGUGAUUACCCGAUAUAUUUAGCUAUAUUAAAAUAGAUUUAGCUUGAGUACAUUGAAUAUGUACUAGUACAUUCCAGAGGCGAUAUAAAGGAAAUUAAGAAAUUGUGUUGAAUAUCAUGAUAGAUUUUUAGCUUAGUACCGUAUAUUAAAGUUUGAACGAUAUUAUAAUAUAAUGUUAUUAUUCAGUAACUAUAAGAAUUGAUAUUGAUGAGCAGUUACACUUGUUAUCCCAGUAUUUAACCGAACUACAUUAUUGUAAUCAUAGUUUUACGAUAUUCCACAUACACCGUUUACGGUACUGAAAGUGUUAACAUUUUUAUUACUGAAGAUAUUAUUAUCGUUAUACUAUGUGAUGAUUGUAUUGUAUCGAACUAUAAAUUAUUUGAAUGUAAGCUGUAUUAUUAUAGACAUUUUGUAUGAAAAUGUAUGUGUAAUUGUGCUAUCGCAGUUAUUAAUAGAUUUAUGUUCAAUCGA